CAAGAUAAAUCUCCAUUUUGUUGUGGUGUUUAAUAUUAAUUCUUAUUGGUUGCAGGUUUGACUAGGCUUCUUUAUCUUGUCUUGGUUGAAAUUUAUUUAAAACUUUCUGUACACCAGCCAGAGAGGCAGCACAGGGAGUGUGGUGGGAAGGGCCCCUGAGAGCUGAGAACUCAAGACAAGGGCUCCAUUCUUGGUUCUGCUUCCUGGUGUUUCCCUCAUCAAUUUCCUCACCAGCAGAAGAACCCUACCUAGGGUUUCACAAGGGCAAAACAAGGUAAUAUAGGACAGAGAGAUUUGUCUGUAAAGCAGACUCAGCUUCUAGUUCGAUUUGUUACUGAUUGAUUUGCAGAAAUGGAGUCUGCUGACAGAUGAGACCGUUUGAGAGGAUGAAGCAAUUUCCUUCCUCUUCUCUAAGUUCAUCUCCUAAACCCCACUGGACUCAAGCCCAGUUCUGGGAUGACUAUGGAGAUCCAGACAUUUCUGAAUGUACAUCCUGGUAGCCUGUGGCUGCUUCAACCACUGACAGUUUUGCUGCUGCUGGCUUCUGUACGCGGGGGAGCUGCAAAUCUCCCAAAGGCUGUGGUGAGCCUUGAGCCCCCGUGGAUCAAUGUGCUCCGGGAGGAUACCGUGACUCUGAAGUGCCAGGGGGCCCACACCCCUGGGAACGACUACACCCAAUGGUUCCAUAAUGGGAGCUCCAUCACAACCCAAGUCCAGCCCAGCUACAGCUUUAAGGCCAGAAACAACGACAGCGGAGACUACAAGUGCCAGACGGGCCAGACCAGCCUCAGCGACCCUGUGCAUCUGGAUGUGGUUUCUGACUGGUUGCUGCUCCAGACCACUCGCCUCGUGUUCCAGGAUGGGGAGCCCAUCCUCCUGAGGUGCCACAGCUGGAGAAGCAAGCCUCUGUACAAGGUCACAUUCUACCAGAAUGGAAAAUCCAAGAAGUUUUCCCAUCUGAAUUCCAGCUUCUCCAUCAGACAAGCAAACCUCAGUCACAGUGGCAUGUACCACUGCACGGGAGUUAUAGGGCAAAUGCUGCACACGUCACAGCCUGUGAAUAUCAUUGUCCAAGGUCCGGCAGCUCUAUUCGUCUUUCCACCUUGGUAUCAAAUCACCUUCUGCCUGGUGAUGGCACUCCUGUUUGCAGUGGACACGGGGCUGUAUUUUUCCGUGCAGACAGACCUUUGAAGCUCAAUGGGAGACUGGAGGAAUUACAAAGUCAGAUGGAGCCAGGCCCCUGAGAAC